AAUCUGGUAUGUUCUCAAUAUGGAAACGCUUCAUUUUCUUGUCCAAACGACAGGACUCUUUCUGUGCGUCUUGCUAUGUACACCUUCAUUUGUGGUUCCAUAAGUAUAACAAUCUUUGGCAAUUUAGGUAUAAUCAUUUCUAUUACUCAUUUCAAGGAACUACACUCACCAACUAACUUUCUCAUUCUUUCCAUGGCCGCUACAGACUUUCUCUUGGGUCUCAUCAUAAUGCCAUAUAGCAUGGUGAGAUCAGUGGAACGGUGCUGGUACUUCGGAAGUUUGUUUUGCAAAAUUCAUUACAGCUUUGAUUUGAUGCUCAGUGUUAUUUCCAUUUUCCAUUUGUGCAUGAUUGCCAUUGACCGUUUUUAUGCAGUGUGCGACCCUCUUCAUUACCCGACAAAAAUGACCACCUCUGUGAUCAAAAAGAUGGUAUUUUUUUGUUGGUCAGUCCCUGCUAUGUUUGCAUUUGGGGUUGUCAUAACAAACUCACAUGCUUCUGGAAUAACUGGAUAUGAGGAACUGGUUGCAUGCUUUAACUCGUGUCCAAUUACAUUUAACAAAUUAUGGUCUUUAAUUAUGUUCUUUACUUGCUUUUUUGCUCCUGGGUCUGUAAUGGUUGGUAUUUAUGCUAAAAUAUUUGUGGUGUCUGAAAGGCAUGCAAAAAUCCUAAACAAUGUUACAGGGUACACGUCAAAACAAGUAGCCAUUCAAAUAUCCAAUAAAAAAGACCGCAAAGCUGCCAAGACCCUCGGCAUCGUUAUGGGUGUGUUUUUGUCAUGUUGGCUACCGGUCUUUAUAGUCAUUUUAAUUGACCCAUUUCUAAAUUUUUCUACUCCAGAAGUGUUGUUUGAUACUCUUAACUGGCUUGGGUAUAUUAAUUCCACAUUCAAUCCAAUAAUUUAUGGGUUUUUCUAUCCGUGGUUUAGAAAAGCUUUGAAAUAUAUUGUUUUGGGUAAGAUUUUUAACCGAGACUCAAGCAUAGCAAAUAUAUCAGAGAUUAAUUGA